UUUCUUUUUGCCACCAAAUUCUAACCUCCUGAACUGCCACAACUUAAAAGUCAAAUUUAAAUUUUAUUCAAAAUGAUUGCAGAAGCCGGCACCCAAAAUGAUCUUAGCCUGUGCAUUUUUCCUCCCAACAAACCCUUGGAGGCCGUGCUAGACUUUUCUAAGAAGCCUGUUUUGUACGAUAACUUGUUAUUUGUUGAUUUUAAUGACAAAGGGGAGUGUAUUCUUGGUUCUUCUAAUAUAGAUUCGACGUUUUGGGAAGGGACUUUAUUGUUCUAUAAAAACCCAGAGAAAUUACUAACGAAUGAUCAUGAUGCUCAUUAUAUUUUUGCCACUGCUUCCGAUGGAAAGUUUAUAAACAACACAACAAUUGCCCUUGCUGAAGAGACUGGGGUGUUAACGAUAUUAAGCUUAGUAGAUGGCCUUUUGCAACCAAUUAAGUUCUUCAGACACUGCCAGAAUAUACCAGAAAUUGCCACAUGGAAAAAUGCACCCAAAAUAUUAACAUGUUGUGAUAAAAGUGUUUUUGUUUGGGAUAUUGAUACUCUUGAAAGAAAGCCGUAUUAUAAAUUUGAUAAUUUUCAUUUAAGUCUAAUAAAUUCAGUUGAUGUGCUACAAAAUGAUGUUAAUCAAUUUUUGACUGCCUCUAAUGAUAGAAAGGCUGUUAUUUGGGAUACAAGAUCUGAUAAACCAGCCCAAGUGCUUUAUAGUAACGAAUUUAGCGCCAUUAAAAACAUAAAAUGGAAUCAAACCAACACAAACUACAUCAUAGCUGGUACUCAAGCUGGAGAUGUAUAUUUACUAGACAAGAGGGAACCAAAAGAUUUUGUGGCUGUGAAACAUUGCUAUGAAAGUAGUAUACAUAGAAUUGCUAUUGAAAACAAUAAAGUAGCUGUUUGUGGUAAUUCCACUGAAAUUAUUACUUACGAUUGUAACAAUGCUACAUUUAAUAGUGAACAUAGAAUAUCAACUCAUAAUAAAUUUGUUAGGAGUGUGAAAUGGGUUGACAAUGUUUUAUAUUCCUGCGGGUUUGAUAAGAAAGUAAUAAAACAUGAUGUAUAGUUUUUGUACUAGGAAUUAUAGUUUUUGUAUUUUAUUUUUUUUAUUAAUUUGAUAGGUUUUUUUGUAUAAAAAAGCAAGUUUGUAUACUUAAUUUUAUUGUUUAUACAUUAAAAACAGUUACAAAAACAAAAUUAACUUUUUCUUUUAUUGUUACCCUUUUCAGACGUUGAUUUUCUUUUUUUGUCGGUUUUUGCCUCGUUUGUGUCAACUUCCAUUUCAGUUUGUCCCAAAGGUUGAACGCUAAAACCUUCUAUAAAAGGCUCAACCAAUUGCAAAGUAAACUUUUCGUGUUGAAUAUUUUUUGAGUCUAAGCUCAUUCUGACCACUACUCUAUCAAAGCUGUGGAUUAUUAGGUUACCAGCUUUUUGGGUUUGAU